AUGAGAUUGUUUCAAAAUACACAGGAGUUCCCUUAUUCGUGGGAACAGGUUACUGCUGCUAAUUGGCGUAAAUACCCGAAUGAGGUUUCUACACAUGUUGUUGCCGUUGAUGUGCUGAGAAGAGAGCUAGACGAGAGUCGUACAAAACUCACGAGUGAACGGCUAAUAACGUGCAAACAGUCGGUGCCCAAGUGGUUGACCAUGUUGAUCGGCAGCUCCAAUGUGAGCUAUAUACGGGAAAUUUCCGUGGUGGAUUUGAGUACGAAGACACUGACACUGAAAAGCUGCAAUUUGACGUUUUCCCAUUUGCUAAAAGUCUACGAAACAGUGCAGUACACGCCGGACCAGUUCGAUGCUAACAAAACCCUUUUUCGCCAAGAGGCGCAAAUAACGGCUUACGCCACUAUCAACACGCUUUGCAAUAAGAUAGAAGAAUGGUCAGUCAAGCGAUUCGGAGAGAAUGCAUCCAAGGGCCGCGAGGGCUUUGAUUCCGUAUUGCAGCUUCUUAGCAAAAAUUGGGGCGAGCGAGAAAAAUUGGUGGAUGAGCUUAGUCACAAAGUGGCUGAUACCGUUGAUGAAAUCUGCAGCAGUACAGACUCUCUACUAAAAGAAACAGAGCUCAAGUCUACAUCUUUGAUUUCGCGCUACAGUAGGGAGAUUCAAAGGGCCUUUAAUUUAAAUAAAAACUGA